AUGGUCCAAGAGAUAUUUCUUCAUCUUCUUCAAGGCUCAGCUCGUGCCACUUAUUUGCUCGACUUUAACUUCGUCGACAUCGCAACCUGUUUUUCAAGCUUAGCGGCAGCCGAAGAUGAUAGACAUUCGAACUGCGAAAAUUCCACCAAGUCUGAUGUACUAAACUCGACAGAACACCCAGGUAUUUUCAGUUUUCGUUGUUGGAUUUGCAUUGGUCUAGGGAACCUUAUGUUUGGUCUUUUGCUGGUUGUUUUAAUUCUCAUUUAGUUUGUUUGGACCAGUGCUGGGAAACCAGUUUUUAUUUUCGUGCUUUUACCACGUGCUGGGUAAUUUAUUCGCUUUUAUUCUCGCACGUCUUUCUUUUUUUCUGCAAUCUUGCGUUGUGCACUAUUUUGUUAUUGUAGUUGUGCUUGUUUUCUUGGAUAUUUGGUAAAUCAGUUAUUUUAUAUUUUUGAACACUUGUUCAUUUUGGUUGAGGACCGGCUAGUUAGAAUCUUAAGCUUUUGUGUCUUUGUGUCGCAGGUGACGUGGCUUUCCUUUUGAAAAGAGGAACCUAGUUUGAGCGACGAGUUUGGGAGCAUUGCCCAGUGUGCCACGUGGUGCCGCGAUAUUUUCUACCGAGGACUCUUUGUCUAUCAGAUGGUGGUUACAAGAGAGAAGAGACGAGAUAACGUUUUGGUCGAGGGCUAA